GGGAAGAGGCUUUGAAUGCAGGGAACGCGCGACGGGAUUUGGAAGUUGUGUGUCUGCGAUUGGAAUAAACCAGGGUGUUUGUGCAUCGAUUAGACUCCCGACUGGCAGCAGCUGAUAUCGGCCUGUCAUUGCCUUAACCACCAUGGAUGUGGAUGAUUUGCUUGUCGUGGCCAGUGAUGGUGGCCUCUCGGCGCUGUUGCAUCCGCUCGUCAUUCUCAACAUAUCCGAUCACCUGACCCGGCGGCGAGCCGAGGCCAAGUCGCACAAUGUCACUGCCUAUGGUGCCUUGUUUGGCAAACAGGCUGGUCGCGUGGUAGAAAUCUUCAACAGCUUUGAGCUCUUGCUCGCAGACGGCAUUUGGGAUCUUGACUUUCUCAAUACCCGCACCGAAGCCUUCAAGCGCAUUUUCAAAGACCAGGAUUGCCUCGGCUGGUAUGCCACCGGUUCUCACGUGACUGCAGAUCAUCUGGCCUUGCAUCGCCAGCUUCUGGGUUUGAAUGAAGCCCCCUUCUUUCUUCUGCUGGAUGAUCAAGCUCAGGCGACACGCGAGCAACUGCCCAUUACCAUAUUUGAAACGAUUGUCGAGCUGAAAGAUGAUGAGCAACACAUUCACUUUGCCCCCACGCCCUACAAGCUCGCCUCGGAGGAAGCAGAGCGAAUUGGUGUUGACCACAUUGCCAACGUGUCUGCCUCGGCAGUGGGCGGCCAAAUAAGCGCUGUGCGACAACAGAUGCAAACGCAUGCGUCCGCACUCCUCAUGCUGCAAGAGCGCAUCGACGUCAUCUGCGACUUUCUUGCUGACAUUGACGCGGGCAAAGUUCAGCCUUCCCCAGCGCUGCUGCGGAAUAUCAAAGGCAUUUGCUCUCGUUUACCUGUCAGCCAAGAUCCACGAUUGCGGGCAGCCUUGCUGAUGGAAAGUACAGACACCGAGACAGUUAACCUCUUGGCCCUCAUGACUCAGGCCUGUGAUGCCAUCAAGCAGCUCACAGGCAAAAUGCAAACCAUCCACCCGGGAGCAGGCAAAACUCAUUUUGCCAGCAUGAUGAUGUAAAUGUUGUGUUGGGUUUUCCAUGUUUUCUCGUCAACCAAAGUCGACGUGCCAAGUGUUGUUUUUUGGUGUGCCAAGUCCCCCAAGAUGCAGGAAAAAGGGGAAUCGAUUGCUGAAGG